GGAGAGCGACACCUUUCUAUAUGUUGUCGCACACCGUAGCCUGGGCUUUGCAGGCGUGGGGGCUAGAACCUCUCACCAUGUGAUUUCGGUGCGCUCUUUCUUGUCACCUUUUUGACACAUCAACUCCGUCAUGUACACACACAUCGCUGUCGCGGCUGCGCAGGGCGUCACCAAUGUGCCCCUCACCAGCACGUUUCUCUCCUCCGCUCCCGCCAUCGGGCGCGCCCAGGUCAGCCUUCCUGCUGUAUUCAGCACACCGAUAGCCACCCACGCCUCGGAUCAGCUGUCAAGAGACGCGCUCGGUGACGGAGCACCACUCGUGGAAGACGGUGUCAGCACGCCUGCUCGAGACGUCAGCUGGCAAGAGUACCAGCGUGUGUGUGCCAAUGAGGCGACGCUGAGGGAAAAUGUGGAGACACUGAAGGCGCUAGCCCUGCAGCUUGCGGUCCAGCUAAACCGGUCACAAGAGGAGGUACAGCUGCUCACCAGGAGCUCCUCCACCUUGCAGUUGCCCCGAAAGGCAGUGCAAGACUCCGCUGCCGAUCCUGAGACAACGGCGGGUGACGCGAUGACGCGCAACGCGAAGGAAAAGAAAGCGGUGGUAGAGGCGGAGACAGCGAAGCAGGAGCUCUUCGAUGUCGUUGCCCACAAGGAUCGGAUAAUAAACGCGUUGCAGCAGCGACUCGCGACGCAGGAAACACGAUUUUGCACGCUGAUCGACGACUUGGUCAGAGAAAAGGAUGCAACGAUUGAGCGUCUUGCCGUGGAGCUCGAUCUUGCGAAGCGUUUGACAAAUUGA